AUGCUGCGGGUCUUUGACCAGGACGGUCAGGCCUGCUCCGCAGCCAUCCUCGCCGCCCUGCGCCACCUUCGCGCCGAGGUCGAAAAGUCGCCCGAUACGUAUCGCGUCCUCGGUUUGUGCUUUGGGCAGGAAUAUUGGGCGGCGAACGAGGCCAUCGCACACGAGAUUCGCGGCCUCACGGACGCCGGCGUGGUCGUCGUGGGGGCGGCAGGGAAUGAAGGAGGAGGCUUCGCUGGUGUGCUUAGCCCAGCGGACUUGCCAGAGGUUCUCACGGUGGGCUCGAUCGCGCGGAAGCCUUCAUUUAUGCAAAAAUGGGAAAAAACCCUCAACCAUGAAGGAGAUCCACCCCUUCGUACUCAGCAAAAUAGCGAUCCUUCACAAAGGCACGAAGAAGGGAUGGUUUCAGCCUUCUCCAGUCGAGGCCCGACGACGGCCGAGCUGCCUUUUGGAGCAGGGAGGGUGAAGCCGGAGGUAGUGGCAGUGGGGGAGCGCGUUUGCGCGUUGGAGGCGGUGAAAAUUUCUCAAAGAUCGCGAAAAUUCUCGCAGGAUUCUUAUCCCACUUCAAAACCUUCCCAAAAUACCAAAAAGGGGUCUAUACUAUCUGCUUUUGACGGCAUGGACGAGAACAUUUCUUCUGAUGUUCUGGGAAAGCCAUCGGUGCGUUCGUGGACCCUAGUAAACAACCGCUCGGGUACAAGCGUAUCAGCCUCUUUUGUCGCGGGUGUAGUAGCCUUAUGCAUGGAAGCAUUUCAUCUAGAAAAGGAAAGCCAAAAACAAGAUAAUCUCUUCAGGUCGUACUCACAUCAAAAGUUACCAGAAAAGCCCAAUAUCGCGUUCAUCAAGGAGAUUUUCAUUCGAACCGCCAGACGUCUUACCCCACCGGUAAUAAAGAAGGAUCAAGAAGAUAAAAAAGACACUGAGUGGUUCUUCGCCGAACGGCAAAAUUUUUCUUCAAAUGCAUCUACUUCUUCUGUUUACGCUGGGGAUGCUCUUAUGCGAACAUAUUCGCAUUAUCUUUAUUUAUUGCAGCAUAGCAUGAUCGCGCAAGGUGCGGGAGAGAUCCAACCUGCGCGCGCACUCGACUUCAUUCAAUAUCAAACAAAGCGAUCGUCUCACAAAAUAAACAACAAAACAUUGCAAAAUGAUGAAAAAGGUGGUAGAUUUACACAAGGUCAUCAUAACUACCAUAGCUUUGAAAAGUUUUCCAGUGAACGUCCUGCUCUUAGUGGAUGGGUUGUUUUCCCGCCUCAGAUAAACGCACAAAUUCAUAAUUUUAAUCAAUGUGGAGGCUCUAAAGUAAAUGCAAACUGUCUUUAUGACUGGCCGUACUGUGAACAGCCGCUUUAUCUAGGAGCGGCACCGAAAGUUUUCAAUUUAACCCUGCAUAUUGCCACUUGUUCGAACGCCACUUUAAUGCAGCGCCACGGUAAUACUAAUGAAGAUAAAAAUGAAAGAAAAGAUUCGAAAGCAGCGGUGGAUAACGACACCUUUCAUUCUAGAUUAAAUUCCAAAUCUGAGGAUUUAGUGCGUCGCGGAUGGCGCUACGAGAUAGAUCAAGUGUUUGGCUACAAAGCUGUAAAUGGAACAUUUAACGAGCUUUUCCAUCCCAAACAAGCCCACGCUAAUAGUAAUCAUGUAGACGAAAAAAAUAAACCGGAUUGCUAUGAAUCAAUUUUGCUCGAUCAUUCGGCUUUAGCAUACUCUUCGUUAGGAAUUCCUGAACUAGAUAUUCAGCUGCACGCUACGAGAGAGUUGCAUGCUUUCACGGGAACAAUAUCGGUUAUGAUUCAAGCAUUCCUCUCUCACAAGGAUGAGAAAGCUAAAGCUAAUACUACACUUAAGGAUGAUAAUAAUAUUUUCCGCACCCAGAAGAAGCAACGUCUUUCUCUUCUUUCAAAUCCGUACGAGCAUGUUGAUAUUUAUGGCCGAAUUUUUCUCGAUUAUUCCUGUGGUAAUGAACACUCCAAGAAAGCUCAAGCCUCCUCCAUAAGCCACAAUAUUACCAUUCCCUUCGUUGUUUCCAUCAAAAUCAGACCUCCCCCACGUCUCCAGCGACUGGUUAUCGAUACUUCUCAUUCAUGGUUAAGUUCCUCAUUCAAUUAUUCCUCGUUUUCUUCAGCUUUUCCAAAGAAAAAAAGGAAUUCUACUGUUGUAGGUCCUGACAAGACGAAGGAGGGGGUUACUAUGGCUUCACCUCCUUAUCACGAGAAUUCGAAGCCAUCUGUCAAUCAUCCACACGCCAAUCUUGCCUUGUUGUACCUCUUUUUAACGCGCGAACUAGGUUUUUAUGUUGAUUUCUUCUCCAUUUUUAUUCCAGAGCCAUCUUUUCUUUCGGACGGUCCUGGGUUUAAGAAUAAAAGUGGAAUGGAUUGGAGGAAUGAUUACCUCGCUUCGGUGGGAACGUUGUUGGUUGUUCAUCAAUCGUUGCCGCUGCUUCCUUCUGUACGGCAUCUCCUUAAUACUGCGAUUCGACCGAAUGCCCUUCGUAAGGGAUUAAACGUGAUCUUUAUUACCGAUUGGAUGAAUCCUUCUGCUUCUAUUAGGGUUCAUCCUAUUCAAAGCACUGGUGAAAAGAACAAAAUGCAUCCCCAAAAUGAUCAAGAAGCUACUUCUUCGAUCCAUGUAGGAAGCUCAGACUGUGCUUCUAUUUGUAAAGGGGUGAGUAGCGCGCCCAACACCUUGUCGAACCUAUGCUUUAUAGUGAAUGCGGGUAAACUUUGUGGUGUUCAUCGAAUGGAUAAAGAUUCUUUUCAUAUCUUUGGGUCACCCUACUCAUCGUUAUCAUCUCAUCCUAACGAGCGUCCAAGACGUUAUUCCUCGUUCAGGAGCUCCCAUGUUUUUUCAAUUAAUCACUGGUUGAGUGAGCUGAUCAAUCAUGAUACAAAAAGCGUGGAGAAUAAAAACUCAUCCAAUUUGUACGAUAAUCAAGAAAAGCUCGAAUCCAUCCCUACGGUAAUAAUUCCUCAACUAACUGAGGUAGGAGCUCGCCAUGGAUUGUGGAUGAUACCUUUUACUUUCCAUCAACCUUCUCGCAAUGGUGGGGUUAAAAUGAACUUUAAAGGAGAAGAAGAUGCUUCUUUGAAGUGGCGUUCUAUAGGUGAAUUUUUCACGGGUGUACGCCUUCAUUUGGUCGAGCACCCUAUUACCUACGGCAAGGUGGAUGGGAAAAUAACGAAACUUCCACAACCUGCCGUGUACAAUUUGUUACUCUGUGGUGGCUAUGAUCCUUGGAAGCCAUCGCUGGAGCAGAUAAAGGUAGGAGAAUCUCCUACAGCAACGAAUGCUUCUUCUUCCACCUCUUCCUCAUCGCAAGGGUUUGUUGGUAUUUUAUCCUUUCCUUCUUCGUAUUCUGCCGGGCAAGUGGCAAUGCUAACCGAUAGUCAUUGCCUUUCCGCCUCCACAAUGAAGAUCCGGGAAUUUUUCACGAAGCUUCUUCAACUUUACGUCGCUCAUCACGUUUUUUUUGCCGACCACCACGACGAAAACUUUUCUUUUUUUGAUCUCAAGAACGACAUGAUUCGACGCCUGCAUUUAUCCGAGGGCAUUCAAAGUACGAUCUGCGUUGAGCUCGUAAAAGAGCUAAUUCACGCCAUAUUGGAAAAGAAUUGGGAGUGGUUUUCAGCAGGGAAUAACCCCAAUAAUACUCAAAUAAGGACAACCUCUAACGAAAAGCAAGGUGAACCAGAUCUGCCGUUUUGCGGAGUGGCGGUUGGGAUGUUUGAGCGAACCCUACUAAAUGAAAAACUAGUUAAUAAAGGCAAACAAGAUGAAAAUGAUACCGUCCACGAUGAAUUAAACACUUCUAGAAAGUGUGAUCCCUCGCCGGAAGAACAGGAGGAUAACCUCCUGUACGAGGAUUUUGAACUAGAGGAGCAUAAGCUCCUUUUGAACUCACCUCCAUAUCAGAUGCAGGUUGGUUUUCUAGUUAAUUCUAUGUUAAAACAAUCUUCUUUUGUGCUUCCAAAACAACAGCUUUGCGAAGAUGAAGCGCCUCCUUUGGAUAAUGAUAUUUUUAGAGUUUUGAAAGAGGAACCCCCUCAGAAAGAAUUUUCGCAGUGCGUUUUAUUAAACUCCUCAACGGAGUUAGAGCGAACGAAACAAGACGAGAUGCAGUUCUUCCAGCAUUUGGGUGCACAUUACCACUGCAAUUACACAAGUUCCUCAGUUUCGAUUGCACAAAACCCUAUAUUGCGUAGUAAUACCGAUAUUCACAAACUGUUUUCACCGACUGUACAUUUGGAACGAAAACAAAUAUGGAAGAAGCAUCUGAAAAAUAGUGUGGAAAGAGCAGGCAUGAAUGCCGUACGUAUUGUAACAGAUUUCUUGAUGGUGGCGGUAUUCAUCUUUUUUAUUGAAAUAGGUUUACUUUAUGCAGUAACCCAACGAUCGAUAUUAUCCUUAAACCCAAUAAUUGUGCUUAUUUUCAAGUAA